ACGAGCGAGAGAGAGAGAGAGAGAGAGCACGAGCGAGAGAGAGAGAGAGAGAGAGAGAGCACGAGCGAGAGCACGAGCGAGAGCACGAGCGAGAGAGAGCACGAGCGAGAGAGAGCUCCUACUCUACACCGCGCGAGGCUCGAGCAGCAUCAGAUAUGUGAGCGGCGGGAAGCGGCUCUGCCUCGCGCUGCAGGAGAGGACGGCAGGAAGGAUGGCGGGAGGACGGCGGGGUCUCGUGGCCCCUCAGAACACGUUCCUGGAGAACAUCGUCCGCCGGUCCAACGUUUGGACAUUAUCACAUAGACAGACAGACACCAACUUUGUUCUGGGCAACGCGCAGAUCGUGGACUGGCCCAUCGUCUACAGCAACGAUGGCUUCUGCAAACUGUCCGGCUACCACCGAGCCGAGGUCAUGCAGAAGAGCAGCACCUGCAGCUUCAUGUAUGGAGAGCUGACGGACAAGGAGAUGAGCGAGAAGGUCCGACAGACCUUCGAGAGCUACGAGAUGAACUCCUUUGAGAUUCUGAUGUACAAGAAAAACCGGAUGCCGGUCUGGUUUUUCGUGAAGAUCGCUCCGAUCAGAAACGAGCAGGACAAAGUCGUCCUGUUCCUCUGCACCUUCAGUGACAUCACCGCCUUCAAGCAACCAAUCGAGGACGACUCUUCAAAAGGUUGGGGUAAAUUUGCUCGUCUGACUCGAGCGUUAACGAGCAGUCGAGGAGUUCUCCAGCAGCUCGCUCCGGCGGUCCAUAAAGGAGAGAACGUCCACAAGCACUCGCGGCUGGCGGAGGUUCUCCAGCUGGGCUCAGACAUCUUGCCUCAGUACAAACAGGAAACGCCGAAGACGCCGCCGCACAUCAUCCUGCACUACUGCCUCUUCAAGACCACGUGGGACUGGGUCAUCCUCAUCCUCACUUUCUACACCGCCAUCAUGGUGCCGUACAACGUCUCCUUCAAGACCAAGCAGAACAACGUCACCUGGCUGGUGGUGGACAGCAUCGUGGACGUCAUCUUUCUCGUCGACAUCGUCCUCAACUUCCACACCACCUUCGUCGGGCCGGCCGGAGAGGUCAUCUCUGACCCCAAACUCAUCCGCAUGAACUACGUCAAGACCUGGUUCGUCAUCGACCUGCUGUCCUGCCUGCCUUACGACGUCAUCAACGCCUUCGAGAAUGUCGACGAGGGGAUCAGCAGUCUCUUCAGCUCUCUCAAAGUGGUCCGCCUGCUGCGUUUGGGUCGGGUUGCCAGGAAGCUGGACCACUACAUCGAGUACGGGGCCGCGGUGCUGGUCUUACUGGUGUGUGUGUUCGGCCUGGCGGCCCAUUGGCUGGCCUGUAUCUGGUACAGCAUCGGAGACUACGAGGUGAUCGACGAGGACACCAACAUGGUGAGGAUGGACAGCUGGCUGUACCUGCUGGGCGAGACGGUGGGGACGCCGUACAGGUUCAACGCCUCGGGCUUGGGCCGCUGGGAGGGCGGGCCCAGCAAAGACUCGGUCUACAUCACCUCGCUCUACUUCACCAUGACCAGUCUGACCAGCAUCGGCUUCGGAAACAUCGCACCGAACACAGACGGAGAGAAGAUCUUCGCCGUGGCCAUGAUGAUGAUCGGAUCGUUGCUGUACGCCACCAUCUUCGGUAACGUCACCACCAUCUUCCAGCAGAUGUACGCCAACACCAACCGCUACCACGAGAUGCUCAACAGCGUCAGAGACUUCCUCAAACUCUACCAGGUGCCCAAAGGCCUCAGCGAGCGGGUGAUGGACUACAUCGUGUCCACCUGGUCCAUGUCCCGAGGCAUCGACACCGACAAGGUGCUGCAGAUUUGUCCCAAGGACAUGCGAGCGGACAUCUGCGUCCACCUCAACAGGAAGGUGUUUAAGGAACACCCGGCGUUCCGGCUGGCCAGCGACGGCUGUCUGCGCGCCCUCGCCAUGGAGUUCCAGACCGUCCACAGCGCGCCGGGCGACCUCAUCUACCACGCCGGAGAGAGCGUGGACAGCCUCUGCUUCGUGGUGUCGGGGUCACUGGAGGUCAUCCAGGACGACGAGGUGGUGGCCAUUCUAGGUAAAGGCGACGUGUUCGGCGACGUCUUCUGGAAGGAGAUGACGUUGGCUCAGUCCUGCGCCAACGUCCGAGCGCUGACCUACUGCGACCUCCACAUCAUCAAACGGGACGCGCUGCAGAAGGUCCUGGAGUUUUACUCCAACUUCGCAAACCACUUCGCCAGAAACCUGGUCCUCACCUACAACCUGAGGAAGCGGAUUGUCUUCCGGAAGAUCAGCGAUGUGAAACGUGAGGAGGAGGAGGCGUUGAAGAGGAAGAACGAGGCUCCUCUGAAUCUCCCACCGGAUCACCCAGUCCGACGACUCUUCCAGCGUUUCCGACAGCAGAAGGAGGCCCGACUUGCCGCCGAGCGGGUCAGUCCUAGUUCCAGUGAUGUGGAAAAAGGUGUGGAUCACCUAGAGCAGCCCAAAGGCCCAGAGGUCCUGGCCUCCACCAGUAUCGUCAUGGUGACCGAGAGCCCCGCCACACCCGCCUCCUCCUCAGCAUCCACUGCAUCCUCUUCAUCCCGGACCUCCAGCCGAGUCAUGCUCCACACCCCUGCCAUCCAAAACGGAAACCUGACCGGUUGCAAAUCUGCAGAGCCGCCCAAAGCCAAAGGCUGGGGACGAUUCAAGGAGGCGGUCGUGAAGGCCGAUUCAUGGAGCAGCGUCUCCAAGGCCGAGUCCAUGGAGACGCUGCCUGAUAGAACUAAGUCUCAUGACGAGAUGUCCCUCAAGAAAACCGACUCAUGCGACAGCGGCAUCACAAAGAGCGACCUCCGAUUGGACAAUGUCGGCGACGCCAGGACGCCACAGGAGAGGAGUCCAGUUCAGUCUGAGGAGAAGAGGGUCUUCUGUCCAAUACCGGAGCAGAGCAUGCAAGCCUCUUUCCUCGAGCUGAAACAAGAAUUACGAGGAGACAUCAGAUCUCUGAACAGUCGCAUGGCAGCGCUGGAGGGUCAGUUAGCCGAGAUGCUUCGACUUCUCAAAUCCAGGAAGUCGUCGGGCUCCUUCUUCGAGAUCUCCCGGCCGCCGUCCCCCGACUCCGAUAAGGACAGCUUCUCGUAAACUGAACAUGGAAUUAGUCCGUGGGAGUCGAACUUGAACGAUUCAGCCUCCAGAUGUCAGAGAAGAGCACCUGAGUGUGAGGCUGUGCUCAUGGUCGUCAAUGACGACGUCACACAGAAGACAAAAGCACUUUGGUUCGUUCGUAGCAUCACUCUGCUGUUCGAGACGUUACAGACUGAAAUGACGUCGAACUAGAACGAGGAUAAGUCUUAUAAGUUUUGCUUUGAUGAGAGAUUAUAGACAGAGUCAGUCACAACGGCACCUUCGGUCCUCAGGAGGGUUUGUAGCCUGGAGACCUUCACGAGAUAUCGGCAAUAAUAACAGAAGGCUUUAAAGUUGUUGUUUUGAACAGGACUUAGACACUGUGAUGUGGUGAAUUUGAUGAAGUCUGGUCCACAAAGUCUGUUUAGCUGCUCAGAGCCUCCCGAUACUGAAGGGUCCACUCUCAUUGGCUGUCUGCACUCUCAAUCAAAAGUUUUAUGCACCGCAAAAUGUUUUUAAUCAAGUCUGCUAGACUGCUCGGAUCAAAGAGAGACGUACCAGUGUUCGCAAAUGAAAGUCAAGAUAGAUGUUAAUGUUAAUGUACGUGAGGAUGACGACUACAAUCUACUGUAAAAAGCCAAUUUGAUUUCACAGAUUCCCAAACUUUUAAAACUCACUGGGCUUCAUGAUUUCACUGCUGCACAUCAUCGUAUCAAAGCCACACUAUGCGAUUCAGCAUCAGUCAAGAGACAGCCUUUCAGUCCAAGCAGGAAGCUGCUGAACUGGUUAAAGAACAUUGUGGACCAGAUCUUUCAGCUGAUGGUGGGAAAUGGUUUUGCUCGGUAAGACGUGCUAAAUGACAUUAGCGCCAUUUUAGAGAAAAGAUGUCACCACCUUCAUGCAGACUAAAACACUGUGUGCACGGACUUCAGGGAGAGGUCUUUGAUGAUUGGAAUCAGCAGCGUUUAUAUGAAUGAAUGUGAAGGAUUUAAAGUGAAAGAGUGAAAAUGAGGCCGUACAUGUUUCUGAUGUUGAUGUUUCUGCACAGAGCUUUAUUUUUAAUUUAGUUUUUUAUAGAUUUGCAUGUUUCGAAGUUGAUGAGACUCCAGCUCUGAAUGGAGAUCAUAUCUAACACCUCCAAAUUCAAACACAAUAAUAAUGCUUAUGAUUCUGAUGGUUGCCUGAAUGCAUUUGAAUUUGGACUGACGGUACAUAUACUCCUUUAUUCAGGUGUUUUUAAGAAAUGGUUAAUGUUAUUUAAGAUUAUAAAGUAUUUAGUUCCACCAGGUAUGAACUUAGGAUCUGUAUCUGGAUAUAUGACCACAGGCUUUUUACCUGGUAUUAAGCAGCAUUAUCAUUGUCUCCAUCUUUGGCAGGAAGGGUUGGCGGACUUUUCAGCAAACAGGGCACAUCUAGGUUCAAGGGAAGUGAUGCCAAAUACUCUAAAGGGACGACUGUGUGUAUGUAAGUUGAGGGUCAUCCAUAUUAACAUGUGUUUUCCCUGAUCCAGAUCACAUCUUGACACAGAUCUCGUUCUAAUACCAGGUGGAAACAGGAUAUCAUAGGUAUCAUAUAUCUUGGAGCAAACAAAACCAGUUCCUUGGUUUUAGUUUUUGGUCUGUGUGGUCUGCCUGUUUCAUUUCCAGUUGUUUUUGAGUAUAACUGCUGGAGGAUUUUCUCAGCAGACUCCGUCGUGUUGGGAAACAACCCCAACAGUCCAGGGCUAGUGAGUUUUUUCUGCAUCAAACACACAUGGUCACACUGGAUGAUUACACUGUAAACAAUAAUGUUACUGUCCGGCUCUAACACUGCAGCCUGUCCUCAGACACUUAGACUAAAGGGUUCAUUAUCUGUAAUAAGUGGCUGCAAAACCCAACUGACAAUUAGCUUCUUCUUCUCAUCCUCCUUUGUUCGUUUUUGUUCAGAUUUCACUAAUGAUUAAAGCUGCAUUGACUCAUACUUAAACACUAAAGGGCAGAAAGUCUCCAAAAACAAAGAAAGUGUCUUUAAGUGUUAGACAGCAGGUCACCAGUGUGUUUUGGUCAUUGUAGGUAGGUGUUUGAGGUGCAGGUUGGUCAGUGCCUCCUCUGGGAGAGAUGUUGUACCUCUCCUCAGAUUAUUGCCUCUUUCUUGUGGCUUUAUGAGUCUCCUUCAUCAGUGUCCACUGGUUGAGGACGUCGUUUCCUUUCCAGAAGUUGCUGGUCGUGUCUCUGACGGUUCAGAGACGACUUGUAGCAACUAAACCACCGUCAGCGCAAACAUGAUGAGGAAUACACAAAGGUGAAAUGAUGAACUGAGGUGUUCUCCGCGUUUUCACCCCUGGACAAACGUCUACAGGACAGUGACAGCAGCGACUGUUGAUCCAUCGUCUGGUGUCAUUUGUUUACCAACCACAACACGUUUGUUGCCCCUGGUUGACAGAUUGUGUUGUAAUGAAGCAGACGUAAUGUCCUGUUGUAGCUGCAGGUCACAACAGCCAAUAGACGAGUUGUGAGUGGCUCAGCACCGAUCCCUCCAUGUUGUUUUUGGAGUUUACCAGAUGUUUCUCGGCUCUUUCUUUGGUUUCAGCUUUGACUUCUUCAUUGUGCCUCCAUUAAAGUUCCAGUGCUCUCCAGCGCAGUAAACUGUAAUGAUUUUUAUAUGCAACGUUUUCUCCUUGAAACGCCACCGGUUCGACUCGUCUCUCAAUCCUCUAGUCAGCUGAUCAUCUCGUCCGUCGUCUUGAUGAUUUGCAGAUUAUAUUCUUACAGCCCGGACACAACAGCAAAACUCCAGACAGAAAUGGAUCCAGUUCACCUACAUCAAUUUGGUGAAAUUUGACUCAGCAAACCAUCUUGAACCAUCCAAUUUUAUGUAAACAAGCUCCUACACUGCUCUACAGAGGAGUUGAUGAUACAUAUCUGUUGAAUAAAAUGAGUUAACUUCCUGUUUGGCCAAGAUUCGGAAACUAAGGUUGUGUCCCAAUUCAGGAGCCGCAUCCUCCGGAGGCUGCAUUUGAAGACCGAUGCGUCACAGCGGUGCGACUAGACUGUUGCGUUUCAAACGCUCCUUUAAACGCGGCUGAGAAAUGUGUCGUCCAUUUCCUGGGCAACAGGUGGAUCCAAACAACUGCAACAGCUUAAGUCACAGCUGUUAGCUUACAAAGUGACAUAUCGUUAAGUAGUUGCUGUGUUACUCAACAUGGGCAGACCGGCACCACUCAGAGACAAGACGAGCAGCAACCAUCACAUCUGACUGUGAGAGGUGGACACACCUGUUGAUGGAGGUAAAAACACCCCCAAACAUACUUGAAUCUUGAAUCUCCUGCUGAACUUUGUAUUUGAAAGACAGAAGUUGAAGUUUUCCAGUUCGUUUCAAUACGAUCAGAGUUUUCCCGGUGCUGCAUCUAGUGGAUGUUAGAGAAACUGCAGCUGAACGCAGUGAGGCUAGGCCGAUACUUUACGUGUCCACGCAGCCGAGAGGGUCCAUGUGACGUAAAUUUCAUUGUUGUGUAGCAACAUUCACCAUAACAAACACACAGAUUAGACAGAAUGGCGUCAACAUUCAUUCUGAGUUUAACCAGUUUUAGUCAAACCAGAUUGAUAACAGAAACAAAAUCCAGUCUUUUAAAAUAGAAUUUAGUUGAGUAUCAUCUGCAAACAUGAUACCAGAGUAAAAGUAAGCUUAUCUACGAUUACUGACACAUUUACAACUGAAAAACUUUAGCAGUGAAAAUGUCAAAUGUCCCUGACACUUUGUUCCUGCUAAUCAGAGGAAAUGUAACCUGACAUUUAAAAAUGUACUCACCUGACAUGUCUAAAUGAUAAUCUGAGAUGUACGUUUGUCUUGACUUUGGUAUCUCGUGUAUCCUGUGUAGGUGUGAUAUAUAAUGUAUCGUCAUAAUAUGCAAUUAUCGCCAUGUAUGCUGUUUGUACUGAGAGACUGGUUGUUGUUUGUGGCACUUUGUCAACCUCACGCUGUCCCACAAGCACCGCCGGUUAUCGACACUGAUGCACUUUGGUCGUCCGUCGUCCCUGCAUGAAGCUGGUGUCUGAAACCUGUUUCUUUUUUCAAAGGAAAGACUGAAACCGAGCUGACUUUGCCUUGCUUCUUAAGUAUCUUUGAGGACUUUGAGGUUUGGUUCUCUCUAAACUUUACUACCUUCUGCUGUCGGUCACAUGUAUGUAACGACCGCUGUCUGUGCAUGAAGAGCACCUCAGUGUUAAAACGGUACAAAAUCUUUAUUAAUAUCGCGUAUGCACUGUUUUGGAGAUUCACAGCUUGGAGGAAAAAGCUUGAGAGAAACCUUGUAGUAACCACAGAUAUACAUAUAUUCUUAAUUUGUUCUUCACUUACUGUCAGGAAUGAAAACUGUAUCAGCACAAAGAGUAUUUCUAAAAAAAAUCACAUCAAAUGUCAAAAAUAAAUUAUUUUAUACUUUGUA